CUCCUUUGCAUCAUACGACUGCCACGACAGCUUUCUCUCAUGCCGCUCUCACCACAGCGCCCAUUACUGCUCUGAGAGAGCAGAGCAUCAAUCACUCGAGAUAGCCCAAAUGGCAGCAGCCACGUCAGCCUCAUCGGCAACGACAUCGACUCCACUCCACGACCCCUUGAGACCAGCGGCACCAUCGGUAGUCAAUGCAGGCAAUGCAGUACCCUGGGAUGAGCAGGUAGUUCCUGCUCUACGCAAGCGCCUUGAGGCAGAGAGUGCUCAGCUGGCUGAGCGGAUCAAGGGGAGUACACAUCGAGGUGGAGCAUAUCCGAGGGGGCCAGGCGCAGCAUUUCCUAGCCAAGAUGCAGGGCGAGACGUGCAUUCUUCCUCUUCGUCGUCGACGAGCGGCAGUGGAGUUCGUCGGGCCCCAAGCCAGGGCUCACCUGCUCGAGCAGCGGGCAGCAAGAUAGACAUGGCCACUGCACGUCAACGCGCGAGGUCCAUCAGGGACCGAAGGGACGGCAGCGCCCCCAUCUCUGGACGAGGAGGAGCAUACAAUGGCCAGGCGCAAAUCCAGAAUGAACAAUACUCCUACAAUAGCAGCGUGAACGGCAUUGGCAAUUCAGCAAGCCUAGGUCGCACAAGCUCCAAGCUUGGCCCUUCAACACGCAGUGGCGCUCUCCUUGCCUCAUCGUCCUCCACUGGCUCGGCCCUCUUCCCCUCUGAUGAGCAUCACCAAGACCAAGAUGCCGCUUCAUCCUCCUCGUACUACUCGCGAGGUAGUCAGCGACCCAUCACUGGUUCUUCAGUCUCCUCGAUUAGAACCAGGACUCAGUCAACACCCAUGCAGUACAUGGGUCCAUCGUCAUCUUCGACGUCUGCCUCGGCGAGAUACGCCGCCGCUGCCAAUGCCGUUCCUCCGAUACCCCCCAAUGGCGCUGAAAGCAGUGGCCCGCAGACGACGAGAACUACUGCUGUGCCAAGACAACGGGUGCAGGCGCAUGAAGAGAGCAACCGCUCCGGCCAGUCGCAACGACCAAAUGGGCAGGGAGGUCGCAACAGCAAUGUGGAGAUGGAAUCACCUGUAGUUGAAAGCAGCAAGUACGGGGAAGCCAUGGCGCCUCGCUGGCCUUCCUCCCGUCAGCAGCCAUUCCUCCCCGCAACGACAGCGGCAAAGCAGCGAUCUGCGACAGUCGAUGCAAGCCAGCAGCAUCGUCUCCAACCAGACCCCCCAUCUGACUCAUCCCAAUUACCACCAUCAACCAGCGACCCCCUCCUCCUCCACUCGCCCCUGAGCAAUCAUGUCACUCAACCAAUCUCGCGCUCGACUCGCGCCGUCACUGAGCCUCCGACGGGUUCCACACCAUGGGACUGGGACGAGGUCCUCCCGCCCACGAUUGCGCGUCGUGUAGCACAAGAAGAGCUGCUGAAGAGAGACCCAAGCCUGCAGGGCGUGGAAGAAUUGAUCGAUACGUGGGACAAGAGUGGGAAGCCACUGACUCAGAAGCGUAUCAGGGAGCUGUGCGAGGAGAGGGAGAGGAGGGAACGCGGAGAGGACAUGGGAGAGGAACCAGGGAAAGCAGAGGAAGAGGGCAGUGCAUGGCCAACAGCAGAGGGCGAUAGUCUUGCGGAGAUGAGCUCUUCCUUUGACAGGACGGCGAGCAACAGGCAGGUCAGACUCUCCUCGCUCGUUGAUGGGAUGGGCUUCGGCCCGGCAUCUUCCAGCCCUGCGAGGGGUGACGGGAAGAGUAGCAUAGCAGCAGGUGCAAGCCCGCAGAGCGGGGACCUUGUGAACUUCCAAAGCCAGCGAACGCAGCAGCAGAGGCAGGUCACUCCGCAGCGCGAGCCUUCUCCGAAUGGACAUGGGUGGCAGCAAGGGCCUCAGCAGCAACAGCGAGCCACAGUCAAUGGCCAUCAACCAACUUCAGCGCCGACGUCAUCAGCAGCAGCGCCGGUGUCAGCAACGAGCGGCAAGCAUCAAAAGCCAGGCAAGGACGACUCGCACGAUGCAGGAUGCUGUGCCAAGUGCCUUGUCAUGUAGCAUCCUUCGUGGCGAUGAUCUCUUCUUUGCUCUUCUCCGCACCUCAGCUCGUCCGGGACAGUGGUAUACCUUUGUGCUUCAUUCUUUCUUCUUCGCCUUUCAUCAUUUCAAUCCUUUCAGCCUAAUAUCAUGAGAUGUGUACAC